ACACAUCAUGCUGAGGAAAUAUGUCUACAACUGACAAAAAUCACCAAGUGAUUAUGUUUAGAAGCCUUGAUUUUUUAGGUUAUCUGUUGCUGCUAAGUAUGACUGUUCAGAAAGCAGGUUAGUGUAUUUUAGAAGUAGGGAAACUUAAACUCUGUACAUGCGCAAGAUUGACUCAGACAAAACCACUGUUUUCGUUUAUAGUCAUGGAACUCAAAUGAAAUUAGCCGCUGGAAGGCUGUAUUUUUUUUCCACCUCUCUUUGCAAAUUGCAGUACACGUUACCAGGAGCCCAUGGGUUCCUGACGUUACCCAGAAACUGGAGAUAGAACAUCACUUUGCAGGUCUUGAUGAACGAAAAUGAAACACUGUAACACUGUGGGAAUUCGAAAUCGGAAAGAAGUGAAAGUACGCCAAAUUACUGAAAUUCAAUGUUAAACACUGAAAUAGUUUUUGGGAGAAAUUCGUGCACAGAGUCGGCCUUAUUCGAUUAAUUUGAGCCUAGUUGUAUGGAAACCUAAAAUACAGGAGGGUUUUGCUGACUGGUUAGCUGACACAGAUUACAUAACUGUCCAUUUGAGAUGCAAGUACGAUUUGGGACAGCUAAUGAAAACUGGUAAUUAAAAUCAAUUGUUGAACUGAUCAUGAAGAUCGAUUCUAAUGUUUCAGCGGUUAAAUUAAUUACAGAAAGGGAUUUAAAGGCAAUAGAAGAAGGAGAUAAAUGUCCCAAGAAGAGUAAACAAGCUCAUCAUAUCUGCGAUUAAUUGACAUUCAUAUAUCUUUUUUGCUCGACGUUUUUAAUAGUCCCUGAGUUCGUUUGUCUAUGAAUGCACAAAGUUCAGGUAGUAAAACAAAAAUUGUGAGCUGAACGAAAUUUCCAUACAUAAGAAAGUUACAACAUAUUUUUAAAUUACAUAUUGUCUACGAAAAAGACGCUUAGUGAUUCUUUAUUUUAAAAUAACAAUACUAGAUUCCUCUGUUGCCAGAAUAACCUGAAGCACUCCUCAUGGUCUGUCAGUCCAAUUCAAACAAACAAAUUGGUGGAAUUUUCGAUUAAGUGUUCUGUCAAUCUAAUAGCAGCAAUCCAAAUAUCAUAGCUGACCAAAUUAUUAAAUUUAGGCUCUCUGAAAAGGUUUUGUCAAACGAUAUACUGCUACUUACCAACUCACUGACUGAUUGUUCUACGUUCUAAAUAUCAUUUGAGAAUGUAAAAAAACUAAUUCCCCUUGUGAAAAACAGAAAUUAAGUCAAUUUCGUCGGCAAAUGUCAAUGCGUUUACAAUGCACUUUAAUGUUGAACGACUCUGCUGAUUUUAUUGGCAGGUUGUUCUUUGCCAUGUAAACAGCCUUCGCUUAUCUGGCAUAACCACUUCAGGAGAAUCCAUCAGGUAAUUUACUUCUAACUUUCAACUCCCUUUCCUUCACGUACGAAAAACUGCCCGAGGCCUCCCGGCCGGGUUAGUGGGCAAGAUGUUAUAAAACCGCCCGCUCCCGUAACCAAUCAGUUCGCAUGAUUUGGAGAAUCCCGCCCGGUCGCAAACUUAGGAAAAAGCAAAAUAGAAUAAAAUGCAAAGAUAUCAAAACUAUUCAAGAUGCCAAUCAAAUAUUUACAAUGAAUAACAAUAACAAUAAUGGUUCAGUCGGUCACAAAAUUUUGAGCUUCGUGUCGAAGUUUUUCACGUAGCUAGAUUCUAUUUUGGUUGUUUGUACUUUGAUGCAGUAGCACAAACAUUAUUUAUUCUCAAGUAUCGUCGAUGUGCCUGCUUGUGAGGAGCGGUAAAAGAAGAGAAAGAAUUAAAAAGGAUGAAAUGACCCAGGAACUGGAAAUUUGUGCCGAUCUCCUUCCCAUCGAUGUGCAUCACAUGGUUUGGGUUUUGUAUGGUUAUCAAAGGAUUAACCUCUGAAGCCCUAAUAUCCAAAUACAAAUUCUCCAGACUGAUGUCUAUACAUUUCCUUAAAGAAUACGUUGAGAGAAUUUGGUUUAAGAUCAAAGCUUUUCCCAUCAGAUGAUCAUUUCAUUAAUUCUCACAACAUUUUCUCUAGAUUAUAUAGUGAUAUUGUUAGAAGAAAAUUGGCUUUGGUCACUCUUACGGCUCAAAGGUUUAAGGGAUUGCACGACCGAAUAUAUGCCCGAACUCUUUUUCCGUAUUCGAAACACACCAGAGAUAUUACUAUUGAUGAAUCUUGCUUGUUUUAAUAGACUAGUUCAAUAUUGAAUAAUUCAGCAGAUAAAUUUGAAUAGAAUAAUGAUAAUAGGGAAAAAAUUGAACUUAUGGAAAUAACACCGUUUCUUGUCUUCGUAGGAUAAUUAUUUCUUUUAAUGCCAAAAAACAUCCUCACUACCUUGUACAUUGAAUUUAGUGACAUUUUGUUUGGAGUAAGAACAAGAAGAUCACUAAUAGCAAAUAGUUAAAGAAGCUUGAAAAAAGAAACAAACAGAAAAAAGCUUUGACUUGAGAGAAAGAGAGAGAGUGUGUCCCAGUCCCUCUCGUACCUGCCAAACGAGUUGCUUCAAAGCAGUAACCAGUGUAGGAUGCAGAUCGAUCAACCUAAUGGUAGACGGUUUCUUUAGACCAAGCAGUGGUCCACUAAUAAUCUAAGGCAGCCAUACCGACAAAACUUACAGCAAAGAAUGAAGUAAAAGCGACAGAACUUUUAUACCUUAUCUCCUGAAAUGCAGAUACUGAGUUUUCCUUCAUAGGUUGCUAACGUAACUUGGUCACAUGAUCUCUGGAAGAAAGCCAACGCGUGGGCAGAUUACUUGGCCAGACACAACAAAUUCGAACACGAUGGGAAAGAUCCUGGAAAUUUGUUCUUAAGUCCUGGAAGGCCUGCCAAACCUUGUGAACAAGCAGUAAAAUUGUUCUACCAAGAGGAGAAAAAUUAUGAUUAUAGUAAGCCACGGUAUUACCCAAAAGCUGCACAUUUCACCCAGGUAAAAACUUCGGAUUAAUUUAGGUUUCUAGGAAACUGCCCACCUACCCCUCCCCUAAGCCAUCAUUUUGGCCAAAGUCAGAAGUAAGUGUUAAUGUUGACUCAGGGGAGGGGUAGGUGGGCAGUUUCUCAGAAACCUAAAUUGAUCCACAGCAAAUAUGGUUAAGACUACCCUGAUUUGAGAUUAAAAAUCAGGUCAGUUAUGAAAAAUGGCAGCAGCAAAUGGUAGAGAUAGCCAUGCAAUUGUCGAUUCAUGUGAGAACGAUGAUAUUGUUAAGUUCCUGGAUCUCUUCUUGAUGUUUAACGACUAACGACAAACGGUAAGCUAGGGUUGCGGGAAAAGAGGUGACGCGGUCAUCUCGCACUUGCAGUUACAAACGUGAUUCUUAAACUCUCCAUUAUUUUCCUCCUUACGUUACGCCUGUCACUUUCAUCUCGCAUGAAACGUGUUUUGUGACGUGUCCUGCAUUCAAAUUUUUAUAUCGAGGUUUAAUAUUGUUGUCAACAAGCUCGUAACUUUAUGGCUUUAGCAGGGAUGGGCCAUUUUGGCGACUUUCACCACCUCAGCCGUCUUAUCUCCAUGGAACUUGAUCAGUGCUUGGAGACAAAUUAAUGAAUGUUUAGCCCAAUUUUAUAACUCUUUCCUUGCCUUUUUUAGCUCGUCUGGAAAAACACAAAGCAAAUCGGCGCAGCCAGCAAACGUAGAAAAGACGGCAAAACUGUGGUGGUAGUAAAAUAUUUCCCGCCCGGAAACGUUGGAGGUUAUUUUUCCAGAAAUGUGUUUCCUCCGAAAGAGCCCAUCUUGACAACCUCCGUUAUACAUUGCAUAACGGCAACCACCCAGGAGGGUCGCCCACUCCCUUCUGUAACCACCUCUGCUUCUAACGUCAGCACUGUCACAACAGAUUGUAACCAAGUUGUCACCAAACCAAACGUUGUUAGGGCAGGUGUUUCUGCUGUACUAGAAUCACAGAGAUUGGCCACGUUUGUUGUCCAGUGGGUGCUUUUUGUUUACCUAAUAUCUUAAACACAUGGCAAC